UUUUGGUCAAUGGAAGAGCUGGCCAAAGGCCAUGCCGAACAGACGGACACACAGGGGGAGUUGAACUGCUCUUGUAGUCAUGCUGAUCUGAGAUCUGUGGGGAGGAUUUGCUCUUUUCUUUGUCACCCCAGCCCAAGGCUUUUAGUCAUAUUUACACAUCACUCUGGGAGCCAGUCAUGUGCAGCUUUAAAUAUUAGUAUGAGUCAUUAUGAAUUGAAAAGCGAAAAAAAAACAAAAACACUGAUAAUAUUGUCCUGUGCCACAGCAUGCUGAACAAGCCUGUGUUAUUUCUUUAACUGUUGUUGGGCAUGAGCACUACAUCUCCCAGUGUGCAUCCCUUGUCUUUAUGGAGGAUGCUGAGACAUCAAGAAGGCGCGAGCGAGGAGACAGAGAGGAGGGAGCUCGGUACAGCACAUACCACACACACACACACACACACACACAUACAUAUAUAUACACACACACACACACACACAGACAGAGCACUCAUCAGACACACACACCCACAAAGCACAUGAGCUUAGGCUGCAGUCCACGCAGUCAGUGAUGUCGAUGCUCUAACCUCCCUCCUGAUUGGUGGAUGGAGGUCUCUCAAGAAAAAAAACACACACAGGCUGGAGAUCACAGUCGGACGGGUUUGCCGUGCUGAAAGGCUUGUCUUGGCGUUAGGCUUGAGCCUGGUGAGGAGUGCCAAAGCACCAGCUCUGCCUGGAGCUCACCAGCCUCUGAAACAGGCACCAGCGGGCACACAGCAUGCAGCAGCGAGCCUCUGAGCGCAGCAGCUUUAACUGCCAGAGAAAUGAUGAGGAGGCUGUGUUGGACAGAGGCGGCACUCGCUCCAUGCUCAAUACCAACUUUGAGAAAGAGGAGCUAGAAGGUCACCGUACUCUGUACAUCGGGGUGCAUGUCCCACUCGGUCGGAGGUCACACAGGCGACAUCGUCACCAUGGACACCGUCACAGGAAGAGGUCAAGAGAGAGAGACUCAGGAACUGAGGAUGGCCGGGAAUCUCCCUCAUACACAGACACUCCGUCUCAGAGGGUGCAGUUUUUGUUGGGGAUGGAAGAUGAGGAUGAGGAGCACAUUCCUCAUGCACUCUUCACUGAGCUGGAUGAAAUUUGUCUGAGAGAGGGAGAGGAUGCUGAGUGGAAAGAGACUGCAAGAUGGCUGAAAUUUGAGGAGGAUGUGGAGGACGGAGGGGAGAGAUGGAGUAAACCCUAUGUAGCCACACUGUCUCUGCACAGCCUGUUUGAGCUGCGCAGCUGCAUCCUCAAUGGCAUCGUCAUGCUGGACAUGAGAGCUAACUCUCUAGAGGAGAUUGCAGACAUGGUUCUCGACCAGCACGAGACAUCAGUCACUAUCGGAGAGGAGGUGCGUAGGAAAAUCCGCAAUGCUCUUCUCAAACAGCACCACCACCAAAACCAGAAGAAACUGGCCAACCGCAUCCCCAUCGUCCGCUCAUUCGCUGACAUCGGGAAGAAGCAGUCCGAGCCACACUCUAUGGAUAAGAACGGUCAGAUGGUGUCACCUCAGUCACAGCCGAGCUGCACAGAGGGCCGAGGCGAUGGCAGUCGAGAGAACAGUGCAGUGGACUUCAGUAAGAUAGAUCUCCAUUUUAUGAAGAAGAUCCCACCAGGAGCAGAGGCGUCCAACAUCCUGGUUGGAGAACUGGAGUUCCUGGAGAAGCCAGUGGUGGCGUUUGUGCGGCUUUCUCCAGCUGUGCUGCUCAAUGGCUUGGCUGAAGUCCCCAUCACCACCAGAUUUCUGUUUAUACUGCUGGGGCCGAUGGGAAAGGGGCCUCAGUACCAUGAGAUCGGACGCUCCAUUGCCACACUAAUGACAGAUGAGGUGUUCCAUGAUGUGGCAUAUAAGGCGAAGGACCGCAGUGAUUUGGUUGCUGGAAUUGAUGAGUUUUUGGACCAGGUGACAGUGCUACCACCAGGAGAGUGGGACCCCACCAUCAGGAUAGAGCCACCCAAGAACGUGCCCUCUCAGGAGAAAAGGAAAAUUCCUUCUCUGCCUAAUGGAGUGACUGAGCUGGGAGAGACAGAGGAGCAUGGAGGCCAUGGAGGACCUGAAUUACAGCGCACUGGAAAGUUUUUUGGAGGCUUUAUCCUCGAUAUAAAACGCAAAAUUCGUCACUACCUUUCUGACUACACUGAUGCCAUCAGCCUGCAGUGUCUGGCCUCCUUCCUGUUCCUCUACUGCGCGUGCAUGUCUCCUGUCAUCACUUUCGGAGGUCUGCUGGGGGAGGCCACAGAGAAUCGAAUAAGUGCUAUUGAGUCUUUGUUCGGCGCAUCUAUGACUGGGAUAGCGUACUCUCUGUUUGCUGGGCAGCCUCUCACUAUCCUGGGCAGCACUGGUCCUGUCUUGGUGUUUGAGAAGAUCCUCUUCAAAUUCUGCAAGGAAUAUGGACUGUCCUACCUCUCCUUGCGUGUGUGUAUCGGGCUGUGGACGGCUUUCUUCUGCCUGGUCCUGGUGGCCACAGAUGCCAGUUCACUGGUGUGCUACAUCACUCGCUUCACAGAGGAAGCCUUUGCUUCACUCAUCUGCAUCAUUUUCAUCUAUGAAGCUCUGGAGAAACUAGUGCACCUGGGAGAGACAUAUCCCUUCAACAUGCACAAUGACCUCAACAAUCUCACCCACUACUCCUGUGUUUGCACGGAGCCAAAAGAGCCAAGCAACAGCACCCUGCAGCACUGGCAGAAGAAGAACAUCACCAGCUCUGAGAUCAAUUGGUUAGGUCUGGACGUCAAGAGCUGUGUGGAGCUUAGGGGCGAGUUCCAGGGCAGUGCAUGCGGCCAUCACGGCCCCUACAUCCCCGAUGUUCUCUUCUGGUCCAUCAUCCUGUUCUUCGCCACCGUCGCCAUGUCUUUCUUCCUCAAGGAGUUCAAAACUAGCCGCUACUUCCCCACCAAGGUGAGGGCAAUCAUCAGUGACUUUGCAGUCUUCAUCACUAUCGUCACCAUGGUGGGGACCGACUUUGCUCUGGGGAUUCCCUCUCCCAAACUGCAGGUCCCCAAUGAAUUUAAACCUACCAGAGAUGACCGCGGCUGGAUCGUCAGCCCUCUGGGACCAAAUCCGUGGUGGACAAUCCUCAUCGCCUUCAUCCCAGCACUGCUUUGCACCAUCCUCAUCUUCAUGGACCAGCAAAUCACGGCUGUCAUCAUUAACAGGAAGGAACACAAGCUGAAGAAAGGCUGUGGCUACCAUCUGGACCUGUUUGUGGUGGGAGUGAUGCUUGGAGUGUGUUCGGUUAUGGGACUACCGUGGUUCGUGGCUGCUACCGUGCUCUCCAUCACACAUGUGAACAGCUUGAAGCUGGAGUCUGAGUGCUCAGCGCCGGGAGAGCAGCCCAAGUUUCUAGGAAUCAGAGAGCAGCGCUUCACCGGCCUUAUGAUCUUCGUCCUCAUGGGCUGCUCUGUCUUCAUGACUUCCAUCCUAAAGUUCAUCCCAAUGCCUGUGUUAUAUGGCGUUUUCUUAUACAUGGGGGCAUCAUCUCUCAGAGGCAUACAGUUCUUUGACCGUCUGAAGUUGUUUGGGAUGCCAGCGAAACACCAGCCGGACUUCAUCUACCUGAGACAUGUUCCUCUGAGGAAGGUCCACCUGUUUACCAUCAUCCAGCUCAGCUGCCUUGUCCUCCUCUGGGUCAUCAAAACCUCCAGAGCUGCUAUCGUUUUCCCCAUGAUGGUGUUAGCGUUACUUUUCAUCCGUAAGCUGCUGGACUUCAUCUUCACGAAGAGGGAGCUCAGCUGGCUCGAUGACCUCAUGCCUGAGAGCAAGAAGAAAAAAUUGGAGGAUGCACAGAAAGAGGAGAGCCACAGUGUGAUGGUGGAGGAUGAGGGAAUUGUCCAGGUGCCACUUGAAGGGCAUUACAAGGAUGACCCGUCCACAGUCAACAUUUCAGAUGAAAUGACCAAAACAUCUUUUGGAAAUAUCUGGAAAAGCCUCAGUACUGACAACAGCAAAAAUGAUAAAAGUGCAAAAAGCUCCCUCUCCUAACCUCCCAGCUGCUGACUUUCCAAAGAUCUCCAGUGAAAGACAUCAGGAGUGCUAAGAAAACAGAAGAGGUGAAGGACUGGAACAUGGACAGGGAGACGAGUUUGUGACUCUCAUGUUGCUUUUUAAAAUACAAAAGAGAAGUAUUGUGGCACCAUAUAGCACUAAUCUACGUUUUACUGUAGCUCACUGUGUGUAACACUGCUCACACUCCAUUCGACAAUACAUGUUUGUGUGUGUGUGUGUGUGUGUGUGUGUGUGCUGAAUGCCUGAAAAUGUGUGUUUGUAAAGGAGAAAGCUUUGUGUGAGAUCCUUUUACAGGAUAAAUAUAUUGACUUUUAGGAGUUUUACAUUUGAAGCUGCUUUUGUUUUAACCUAGAUGUAUUUUUUAUGUUUUGUAUUUUUGAUGGUAGCUUAACCUUUUCAAUAUCCUUGUCAUACAGUAUGAAAGAUACCUACUUCAUCUAUAAUGAAGUUGAUAUUUAAUGUAUUUUCAAUGCAACUUCUUGAACAUAAGGAUUGCAAAACAGUCAGGUGACAAAUUAAAGAGAAAAACAACACACAGUGUCUGGUGUUGUGCCACCACGAACCGUCAGAACAGCUUCAAUGCACCUUGGUCUCGAUUUUACAAAUCUCUAGAAGUGUACUGGAGGGAUGAACACCAUUCUUAUGAACGAUAUUCCCUCAAUAGGGGUUUUGAUAAUGGUGGUGGAGAGCGCUGUCUUACACAUCAAUCCAAAAUCUCACAAAGGUUUUCAAAUGGAUUGCGGUCUGGUGACUGUGAAAGCCACAGCAUGUGAUUUACAUCAUUUUCCUUCUCAUCAAACCAUUCAGUGUGCUCUCAUGCCCUAGGGAUGUUGACACUGUCAUUCUGGAAAAGAUCACUCCCAUCAGCAGAGAAAUGUUUCAUCCUACGUUAAAUGAGAUCAGUCAGAAUCACUUUGUAUUGUAUAAAACCCUACAGUUUUUCCUAUAAUUUGUCACCUGUCUAUAUAUUACUGUAAUUGUGAAAGCAAAUGAAAUAAAUAUAGAUAUAUAACAUUAAUUAAAAUAUUUUCUGACAGCAAAUUCUUGUCUAUGAUAUCUCAAGUAAUCCCAGUCUAUGUUAAUAACUGUAUAUAAAUGUCUGUCUGGAACUGUUAAGUAUUUCAUUCAGCAUACUAACACUUUGCAAGGUAUGCUGACACAUUUCUUUGUAAAACCUUCCACAAUAACGGCGACCAAUAUUUUUAAAUGUACUUUUAUGGACUGUUGUAUCUUGUAUAGUGUGAUUUUUUGUCAGACUUCUUAGAUUUACUAUCCAAAAAUACUGAACAUAAAAUCUUUACAUUUUGAACAUUCUACAUAAGAGCUGAUGCUGCAUACAUUUGCAAAUACCGAGUAAUAUAUUUUGCUAAAACACUUCUAAAAACCACAAUAUUGAGUAAUACAUUUGUGUUUUGCUGUGGCCAUACUGGUUUUAAUGUGUAAAACCAUCGCUAAGAGGAGAUUCAUGUUCCCGAACAAACUUAUUAACACAACUGUGCAGGCAAAAUACUGACAAGAGAUGCAAUAAUCCUUUUAAUAAGAGGGGCAUUAUAUCAUGUAUUAACCAGAGACAAAUGACCUCGAACAAAUGAUCUGUACGUCCAGUUGUGUAUGAUGUUCAUGUGUAAUAUGUAGUAAAUAAAAGCAUUUAUUUCACAUGCAGAUAGGAAUAAAAUGGAUGGGGAUGUGUGAUAGAGAAUAUUUCCAUGGUGAUUUCAACACUACUGUAAUGUCUUAUGUUGCCAUUUUAUUAUUUUUUUGUCUUUUUUUUAAAGUUUUGUGUAAAUAUUGAACUUAACUUACAGAAUACUGGUACAGAUUGAUGCUGAGCGAUAAAUUCAGAAUUGCUUAUUUAAAGUCGUUUCUAUUUACGAUGUUAAAGGAUGGCCAUGUGUCUUUACACCUGUGUGACAUCUUCAACAGAUACGGUAAUGGCACAUAAUCAUAUUGUUCAUGCACAAUAUUUACUACGUAUGUAAUAAGAGGGAAAUUAUGUACAUUUCCUUUCUCCAACAUGCCAUUGACAUGUAACCACUGUAUCAUCCAAACACAUUAAAUAUUUACAAUUUAAAUUCCAAAAAAGUCUUUUUUCAUAUUUGUUUUCUGCUAAAAUGCUAAAGUAAAUGUCUUUGCGCUAAUUGCGGAACAAAAUAGCCCUAUUUGAUGAAUGCACCAAUGGCUCCCUGGUUUGAUCCUGAGCUCAGGUAACUGCCUGCAUAGAGUUUCUGUUUUAUACAGAGCUUCACAUUACAAACCUAAUGAUAAUAUACUGAUGCAAUUAUACUGAUAUAUGUACAAUAGUUAAUCUCUAAAUCUGUACAUACAAUAUGUACAGUCAUGGGAA